GCGAGCAGCUUGUAACCCUCUCACUUGCACACAGAGCACAUCUAACCCGCAUAUAAUAUAACCGUGAGCUUUUUCCUCUCGGGCUGCCAUUAGAGGCAGCGGGUCGGGAGCACGAAGCCAUUAACCUGCGCUUUCUGACAGCACUCAUGUUAGCGGCUCUGACCGACCUGCCUUCGCGUUUUUAUAGUUGUAUCAGGCUCGGAUAUGAUACUUCCCUCCACCAAUGCGUUCUGAGACAUUCGGGUUUCGGGCUUAAAGGAGCCACCAGCUAUUUGUGACGCUGUCAUUUAGCGCUACUUUAUUUUUCGUUCCACUGCGCAGGGAAGUGAAAGUGAAGAAGAGAAGGAGCGACGCUGCAAAUAAGGCAAAGCAAUAAGCAGUGACCGUGUGAGCCGACCCUGCUGCGCGUAGAGAGGCGGAGAGGAGGUGGAGGAGGAGGAGGAGGAGGAGAGGGGCACAGGGAGGAGGGAAAGCCGAGCAUCCUCCCCAGGCUCAGGUUAAGAGCUACUCUGCGCCCUGCUGCUGCUGCCACCACCACCUCAGGAUCCCGGCGCCGCCGCUUCUCUUGUCUGUCGUUGCGCUGCUGCGCGUCCCCUAGCACCCCGACCGUGCACCACCAGCGCAGAAAAGCAGCAGGAGGAGGAGGAGGCGGCAUGGCUACAACUACUUGCACCAGGUUUACGGAUGAGUACCAGCUCUUCGAGGAGCUCGGAAAGGGAGCAUUCUCGGUGGUAAGAAGAUGUAUGAAGAUCACCACAGGACAAGAGUAUGCUGCCAAAAUUAUAAACACCAAAAAGCUAUCUGCUAGAGAUCAUCAGAAAUUGGAACGUGAAGCAAGAAUCUGCCGUCUUCUGAAGCAUCCCAAUAUUGUUCGACUCCAUGACAGCAUAUCAGAAGAAGGAUUCCAUUAUUUAGUCUUUGACUUAGUUACAGGUGGAGAACUAUUUGAAGAUAUAGUAGCAAGAGAGUACUAUAGUGAAGCAGAUGCCAGUCAUUGCAUUCAGCAGAUCCUGGAGGCUGUGCUGCACUGUCAUCAGAUGGGGGUGGUUCAUCGAGACCUGAAGCCUGAAAAUUUGCUGUUAGCUAGCAAGUUGAAAGGUGCCGCAGUGAAACUUGCAGAUUUUGGGUUAGCCAUUGAAGUUCAAGGGGAUCAGCAGGCAUGGUUUGGUUUUGCUGGCACUCCAGGUUAUUUGUCACCAGAAGUUUUACGGAAGGAUCCCUAUGGCAAGCCAGUGGAUAUGUGGGCAUGUGGUGUCAUCCUCUACAUUCUUCUUGUUGGCUAUCCACCUUUUUGGGAUGAGGACCAGCACAGGCUUUAUCAGCAGAUUAAGGCUGGUGCAUAUGAUUUCCCAUCUCCUGAGUGGGAUACAGUGACUCCUGAAGCCAAAGACCUUAUAAACAAAAUGCUCACAAUCAAUCCAGCCAAGCGUAUCACUGCUACAGAAGCACUCAGACAUCCAUGGAUCUGUCAACGGUCUACUGUUGCCUCCAUGAUGCACAGACAGGAAACCGUGGAUUGCCUGAAGAAGUUCAAUGCAAGAAGAAAGCUUAAGGGGGCAAUAUUAACCACCAUGCUGGCUACCAGAAACUUCUCAGCAGCGAAGAGUUUACUCAAGAAACCAGAUGGGGUCAAGAUAAACAACAAAGCCAACGUUAUAACCAGCCCUAAAGAUCCUACCCCGCCUCUGGAGCCCCAAUCUACAGUAAUCCACAAUCCUGCUGAUGGAAAUAAGGAGUCAACAGAGAGCUCAAAUACCACCAUUGAAGAUGAAGAUGUGAAAGCAACAAAGUGCACAGAAAACACUUAUUCAAAGACUCAUUUGCAUGAAUCUGAGCCCUCCCGUUACUCUUCUUCAUCUGUGCAGUCCCGCAAACAAGAAAUCAUCAAAGUUACAGAGCAGUUAAUUGAAGCCAUAAAUAAUGGAGACUUUGAAGCUUAUACAAAGAUUUGUGACCCAGGCCUUACAUCAUUUGAACCAGAAGCUCUAGGAAAUCUAGUAGAAGGAAUGGACUUCCAUCGAUUUUAUUUUGAAAAUGCGCUAUCCAAGAGCAACAAGCCAGUCCACACCAUCAUCUUGAAUCCUCAUGUUCAUUUGAUUGGAGAAGAUGCUGCAUGCAUAGCAUACAUUCGUCUUACCCAGUAUUUGGAUUCCGCUGGUAUGCCAAAAACAAUGCAGUCAGAGGAGACCCGUGUGUGGCACCGUCGUGAUGGAAAAUGGCAGAAUGUACACUUCCAUCGUUCUGGGUCACCAACAAUACCGAACUAAUAAGCCUUGCAAGCCUUUAUUUCAAAUAUUCAAGACAACUGGAUGGUACAUUUUGGACUCAGUCUCUUAUCUUUGUCCCAGCAACAGGGUGUUUCCAUAAGUAAAUCCUCAUCCUCGGUGAUUUCCUGCAGUCGACUCCUGCUCAAGUCAAUAACAUUCCAAUUUCAAUAAGAAUGCUGAUUAAAGUGGAUUCAAUAAAUGAAGAAGGCAGUUACAAUAUUGUGUCAUUCAGUGGUUCAUUAUGAUUUUGCCAAGUGUCUGUUAACUGAAGCAAGUCAGCUUAUAUUUGUGUGUAUCUAUGAACGUACACACAGGCAAGCACAGGCUUUUCUGUCUUGAGAUCAUAACAAACAGUAUAGAUAUAAAAUAUAUAGGCAGUGACUGACUGGUUUCCACACUAUUGUGUCAUAACAUGGCAAAUAACUUAGUGUAGCACAAAUUGCAUCAUUUGAAACCUUUGGAACCUUGUGAUACCAGUCAUAUGCUGUAUGUCACUUUUAAUUACCUUCUCAAUAAUUUGAAUAUACUUUAGAUAGUCUGAAAGAUUUUUGGAGUAGUUUUCUCUAUCUCUUCUAUAUAUUUUUUUUAUAUACAGUAUACUCCACAGAUUAAUGUUUAAUGAGUGAAUAUUGGUAACGGUUGGGGGCUAAUAUAGGUAGUCUUUUUGAUAAUUAAGCCUAUGAAAAAGUACAAUUUUACAUUCAGGGUAUAUAAUGCUUACAAGAUAUAUGUAUUUUUUGUGUCCGUAUAGUCUAUACUUAAAAUAUUGUGUCAUGUUGUAAAGGAUAUGGGCUCUAAAGAUUAUAACAGGGUUGAAUAAUAUAACUACAUUUUUGUGAAUGGGUAUUCAUAAAUCUAUUUCUGCACUGCUUACAUUUUACCAAUAACUUUCUACUGAUGCUAAACUGUUUUGUCCCAGCGCAUACUACUGGAUAUGCUUUUGGUUAAAUGAAAAGCAGCUUUUAGAAUGAUCUGCUACAAAAACCACAAUUGUUAUUUUUUUUUUUUUUUGAUAUAUAGAUAUAUAAACUAGAGGGAACUUCCAACACUAUAUGCAGGGAAUGCUAUUGUUGUCUGUAAAUGUUUUCUAAUGGAACCUUGGUGAACUUGAUUUAUAUUGAUCAUAUUAUGUAUCUGUGCUACUAAACCUGAGCCCCCAUGAGGGGUUGUGCUUCAUUUCAACAUUAGAUACAUUGUCGUUCUGUUGAACAUCUUUAGGGGCUGGUUACUUUAGUGCUGUACGUGCAUGCUGGAGCGUUGUCAUUGUUUUUCCUUGGUCUGCAUCCUGAAAAAUAAGUCGUUUGAAUUUGCAUUAAUCCAACCUCGUGAAACUCCAAGCAAUUCUUUUACAACUCUACAUGUUGUUCAGUAGUGGAUGUGAGCUGAGUAAUGCUAACGACAAAUGAAUAAACACACAAUUUUCUACACUAUAUAAACAAAUCAAUGUGCUGAGCCAUUUUAACCUGCCAAUGAAAUCUGUGAAAUUUUAACACAAGCAAUUUGUUUUCUGUAUAUCUUUAUUGUAGCUGUGCUUCCACUGUUAGUAUUUAGUUAUCGUGUGCUGAUAUCAAUGUCCAACUAUUAUGGUAGCUUCAUAUACUUAACAAAACUAGCAUGAAAUGCUGACAUAGUACUGUAGACCAAAUCUGUCUUCCACACGGCCAUGUGAGGACAUCAAUAUUAAACCUCUGCACCAUGGUGAAUAUAUCAUCCUUUGAAAUGUUGCAAUAUACUGAUGGGCACAGUUUAUAUAUUUCUGCCAUAAAAAAAAGAUUGUUAUAACUAACAUGUCAAUAAAAUUGUGGAUUAUGUUGA